AUGUCUCUCGCGGGGGUGCGCAACCUGCUCUCUCAGUGGUUCCCGCCACAACCGACCUACACCGAGAAACAUGUCCCAUCUCAAAAAGGUAAAGUGUUCAUCAUCACAGGCGGCAACCAUGGGAUUGGAUUUGAGCUCGUUAAGAUUCUAUAUGCGACUGGUGCCAAGAUCUACAUGGCAUCGCGAUCCAAGGAACGCGCUGAAAAGGCGAUAGAGACCAUCACAACCGUCACACCACCACCCUCAACACCCGGCACAAUAGUCUUCCUCCCCUUUGAUCUAAACGAUCUCGAAAGCGUCAAAGCAGCCGCCGCUCUCUUUGCACAGAAGGAGUCCCAGCUUCAUAUCCUCUGGAACAACGCUGGCUCGGGCGCAUACAGAGUAGAAGAAGGCGCCAAGACGAAGCAAGGCCUUGAACCCAUGGUUGGCAUGCACUGCAUCGCCGCGCAACUAUUCACUCAACUGCUCCUAUCUCAACUCCGGGAAGCUGCGAGAAAACAAGAAGCUGCAAAAGGCUCAGUUCGUGUUGUGUGGACUGCGAGUUUCAUGGCGGAAUUGACAACUCCCCAAAACGGCAUUGACUUUGACCUCCUUGAAAAGGGGACGCCAGAUCGCGAGCUGAACUAUGCCCGUGAACAGAACCCUGGCAACUUGAAGGCUGGUGCCUAUGAUGGAGUCCCGGCAUUUUCAAUGUUCUUCAUCAACCGUCUCCUGUACGAGACAAAGUUCGGUGCGUAUACCGAGCUGUAUGCAGGACUGUCUUCAGAUAUCUCGCUUGCCAACAAUGGCGCAUAUGUCAUUCCCUGGGGACGCAUUCGUGUUGACGAAGAUAUCCCAAGAAAGGAUAUUGUCAAGGCCUUGAAGCCGGAGACGGAAGGGGGCCUUGGUUAUGCUACCAAGUUUUGGGACUGGUGCGAGGAACAAUGGAAGCCAUUUGUCUGAUCUUCGAAUCGAUAUAAUCUGUUUGUUCAUCUCUAUCUCAGCGCCCCUCACACUGUCGAUGAUGAAAUGGG